UUUAGAUUAUUUAUCGGGAACAUAUUAACACAAAUGUGCAUUUGUUUGUGCUCCGAACCAUAGCAUUGUGGAGUUGAUAAAGACAGUAAUUAUUGAUAACCUAUUAGCCUACGAUCAAACAGUGCUUGUGGCGCGUAUUGUCCACGUCUCAUCAGCAGCAUGUGCGAUAGGCAGUAUUUGAAUUUCUUUGGAGGCAUGUCCAAGAAAAGGGGCAGAAAGCGGAGUAGUGGGGAGCUGAGUGACACCUCGGUGAUGACACCUGAACCCAACAGCAUCCUUGGAGUGAGAAUACAGCACAACUGGAGAGAGAAGGGAAAUCAGAGCAAAUGGAAAGGCACAGUCUUGGACCGUCUCAGUGUCAACCCCUCGUUAUUCAUGGUCAAGUACGACGGCUUUGACUGCGUCUAUGGCAUCGAGCUGUUUAAGGAUGAAAGGGUGUCAAAUCUGCAGGUCCUCACAGAGAAAGUUGUGAACAACAAGAUAAAAGUUCCUCACGGGGCGGAGGAGUUGGUAGGCAAAGCAGUAGAACACUUAUUCGAGAAGGAGGAUGGAGAGAAGAAUGAGUGGCGAGGAAUGGUCCUCUCCAGGGCUCCCAUCAUGACUAACUGGUAUUACAUCACCUAUGAGAAGGACCCAGUGCUUUAUAUGUACCAGCUGUGGGAUGAUUACGCUGAUGGAGAUCUCAGAAUCCUACCUGAAGCAGAAAAUAAGCACUUGCUCCCGGCGGACCGAAAGCCAGGUGAGGAGACCGAGAGCCUGGUGGGAAAGCAGGUGGAGUAUGUCACUGACAAAGGUGUGAAGCGAACAGGCCUGGUGAUCUUCCAAGUCCCUGCCAAGCCCUCUGUUUAUUACAUCAAAUAUGACGAUGACUAUCACAUCCAUGUCUACGACCUGGUCAAGACCACCUAGGACUCUGGUUUACACACUCCAUCGCUUUUUACGUAUCUUCCUCUCUGUAUCUCUCCAUCCCUCGAAAUGCCCUGGAGGGUGUAACAGUGAUGCUUUAUCAUUCAGGAAGGGCAGUCUUUUAGGUUGAAAAAAAAAAAGGGAUAAGGUAUGCACAGCAGCGCUGUAGCAAUACUGUUGUAGGCCACUAGGAGGAGGGCAGGGACACACACUCGGAAGGACCUUUUACCCUCCUCACUUCUUCAGUGAUCCCAUUUUGUUCUUGUGCUCCAUGGUACACUCAAAUCUUGGACAGUCCAGGAGUGACACUUUCCCCACAAUUUGUUGCAUUAUGGUGUAAUAAAGGCCACAUUAGAAUUGUAUCCAUCAUCCUGAUGCUCAAUUAGCUAAGUCAAAGCUGAACUGAACCAUAUAUCAUAAAACAAAUAGUAUAAGCUGCCCCCAACAGCUGUUCAUAGUGGGUUCUUAAAUUACCAAAAAGCAAGCAUGAUGUAGUGAAUAUUUAUAGAGACUAGUUUGAGGUGUAGUGUUCAGUGAAAUGUCAACUUUAAAAGUGAAAUGCGGUAAGCUGUGAUGCCCCUGAAAGCAUAAUUUAACAACCAAUCUGCCUUUGUUGAUAGGCAACUUUGUUUGAUUUGUGUCAGUCAGAGACAAUCAUUCCUUGACAAACUUACUGUGCUAUCAUUGGGCUCAUAGCACUGGGUUGCACUGGCCUAGAAGUAUUGCAUAGUGAGUCAUUUUAAUACUGAAUAAAUACUUGUUAGAAACUAGACAUACAAGUGUUUGUAAAGUCAGUCAGGCUAUUUUUCCGGCCAUACAAACUGAUGUGUUUUCCAGGUGUGGAAAACACCCAAGCCCUGUACCUGACAUGUUCAGAACAUCUUCUGACUGUAUGAUCAGCUUUGGAGUAGAAUAGAGGCAGUGCUUUACACCAAAUUUGGACCUUGAAUAGAAAACAAACAAGCAUCACAAAGUGCCUUCAGGCUGGUCAUGUUGCCAUACUGUAUAUAUUUGCUAACGGCUCACAGUUUUAUUCUGUUUAAUGUUAAGGCCAGUAUUUGGUCAAUGGUAGUGAAAGUUUAAAAUGCUCUAAAGAAAUGUGUCAAAUGCUGCGUGACAAGGUUUUGCUAUUGUCAAUUUGUAUUAGAGGAUAUGUGCAAUGUUUGGCAGUUAAUGCAGUAUGACUAUUUUCCCCAAUUUAACAUCAAUGACUGUUGAUUAGUCUCAUUCAAAUGUUAAUAUUGUAGGGUGCACUUUAAAUUACACACAUACAUAUGCUAAAUGUUUGGCACUUUUUUGCCUUUUUCUUUCAAGAUUUUUUUCCCAGCAAGAAUAAGUGGCAUAUUGCAGUAGUGGUAAACCAUAAUGGUAACGCAUGGCGAAAACAAAACCGUUAUAACACAGCAUACAGUAGUUUAUCUGUAACUUUCGUGUAGUGUAUUGUAAGUGUAUGCUGUUGUGAUUAUACCUUAUUUUGUAAACAUCCCAUUGACACACCAGCUUUAAAGCCCAUCUACAUAUCUCAUCUAGAGAAUUGCCGCAAAGACAACAUCCAAAAAGCCCUUUGGUCUGGCCCCUUGUGAGUAAAAACACUAGUAUUCACUUUUUAAUGUCAUUUUAGAGACUUGGGAACAACCAUAAUGUAAUCUCAAACUCCAAAGGAUAAAUCUGAUUUACAGUGUUCUGUCUUUACUCUCACCACUGCAGUGUAAUUUAUUUACAAAGUGCUUUGGACCAUAAUGUACGUAUAAGGUUCAUUCUAUUUAUUGUGAGAUUCGCAUGCAUCACUUGAUUGCAUUCAUGAGAAUUCAUAGUUUUGUCAGCUAGGGUUAAGACAUCUCUAGCAGAUAAUAUUGUGGCAGUCUUCACAGCCCAAUUUCAUUUAAAUGUUUAUGUAAAAAAAUGUGACUGUAAAAAAAACAAGAUGGUCAGUGCUUGUCUUUGCUACUUUACCAGUUGUGCUGUGGUGUUUCUAUGUACAGUAAAAAGAAACUCCAAAAAAAACUCUUCUGUAAUCUUUUUUUUUUUUUACUCCACUGGAGUUGUUACAACCCAUUUGUAAUUAAUCUGUCAUGAGUAAUAAAGUUGUUUUUGCAUA